UUCACAUCCAUUUGCUCACCAUUUGCUAAGUCUAAACGCAAACUGAGCACCAUGAGGCUGAGCCUGUGUCUUCUGCUGAUCGUUCUGGCUGUUAGUUGCUAUGAAGCUAAUGCCGGCACAGUCUGUAAAGCUGUUGUGAUUGAAGACCUGACCUUCAUACUAGGUAGUAGGGAAGAACUACAGAGACAACUUGAGACAUAUUCAGCACCAGAAGAGGCUGUUCAAGCAAAACUGAAGGUGAAGGACUGUGUAGACAAGAUGAACUAUGGAGACAAACUUAGAGUGUCGAGAGUAUUGGCACAAAUUUUAAUCAAAUGUGAUGUGAAAGCAUGGGUGGAAGAAUAUUCUAACAUUUUUCCAUUGGGAACUAGAUGAACUGAUUUUCCCUACUUAAUGUGAAGGUUUCAACAUCUUGCACUAAUAAAUUACACCCCUUGCAUGCAA